ACCGAACAUUCAGUCAUAGCAUUAUUCGUUGAUCCAGUCGGUCGUGUUUUUAGUAUCGCUCCUUGCGGGUUUUUGACCAAAAGAAGAAAAAUAGCAUCAGAGCACUGAAAUCAGGGUGGUGUUGGUGAUAGAGAAGCUUUAUACUGUACAACAAAGUAAAAGAUUUGCACACUUGAUUUUUUUUUCGGAGUAAGGAAACAACAAUGGCCGAGAAACCGAAGCGUCCCCUAUCUGCCUACAUGCUGUGGCUGAGCUCUGCCCGCGAACAGAUCAAGAAGGAGAACCCCGGAAUUAAAGUGACCGAAAUUGCCAAAAAGGGCGGAGAACUGUGGAGAGGCAUGAAGGACAAGAGCGAAUGGGAGAACAAGGCUGCCAAGAAGAAGGAUGAGUACAAUAAAGCCGUUCAGGAAUUCGAACGAAAUGGUGGCAGCAAGGAUGCCGGCAAGAAGAAAGGCAAGGGCGCCAAGAAAAGCAGACAAGCGGGCUCCGACGAUGAUGAGUCCGAUUAAACUAAGCAAAUUGUAAAAUUAACGAAUAACUUGAAAACCCGCAAACAUUACAAAAAGAAAAAAAAACGAAGAAGAUAAUUUUUAGUAGUAUAAAUGUUUGGGGCUUCAACAGCAUCAUCAGGACAGGGGUGAUAACAGUGGUUUUCACUGUUUUUCAAAGCCAGCUAAAUUGAUUACAAAAUUAGAACAGAACUUCAGAUGAUUGUUAGUUUUCCUUCUUCAACGCAUAUUUUCAUUAAACAGAACGCACGCGUACAUCCCCUUUAUUUUAAGGUAAACUAUGUAAUAUUAACGCAGAAGAAAUAAAGAUCUUAAACAAAAACACAAAA